UGCUGGCCGGCUCUGCUCAAGUGUGGGAGGUCAGGAGCAGCCAGUUCCUCCUGGGAAUGCAACCCAUCUCCGAAAAGGAUUAAGCAUCACUAGGGCUCCAAGUGAGUUCUGAUCAGAGGCUGUUCGGAAGACAGCAGGGGCCAUGACCACCCUCUCUCCUGAAAACAGCCUCUCUGCCAGACUGUCAGCCUCCUUCAUCCUGGUGAAGAGAAAACCACCCAUUGACAAGACAGAAUGGGACAGCUUCUUUGAUGAGAAUGGCCACUUGGCCAAAUCACGGGACUUCAUUUGUGUUAACAUCCUGGAAAGGGGUCUGCACCCCUUCGUGAGGACUGAAGCCUGGAAAUUCCUCACGGGCUACUUCUCAUGGCAGAGUUCCCAGGAUGAGCGGCUCACGGUGGACAGCAUGAGGAGGAAGAACUACAAGGCCUUAUGCCAAAUGUAUGAGAAGAUUCAGCCCCUUCUGGAAAACCUGCACCAGAACUUCACAGAGACUCGCAAUAACAUUGCACGUGACAUUCAGAAAAUCUAUGACAAAGACCCCCUGGGCAACGUCCUCAUCGACAAGAAGAGGCUAGAGAAGAUCCUGCUCCUGAGUUACGUCUGCAACACGCAGGCAGAGUACCAGCAGGGCUUCCAUGAGAUGACGAUGCUCUUCCAGCUGAUGGUGGAGCACGACCACGAGACCUUCUGGCUUUUCCAGUUCUUCCUGCAGAAAACGGAACACAGCUGUGUCAUCAACAUUGGCGUGGCCAAGAACCUAGACAUGCUCAGCACCCUGAUCACCUUCCUGGACCCCGUGUUUGCUGAGCACCUAAAAGGGAAGGGUGCAGGGGCUGUGCAGUCCCUCUUCCCCUGGUUCUGCUUCUGCUUCCAGCAUGCCUUCAAGUCCUUCGAUGAUGUCUGGAGGCUCUGGGAGGUUCUGCUGACGGGGAAGCCCUGCAGGAACUUCCAGGUGCUGGUGGCCUACAGCAUGCUGCAGAUGGUGCGGGAGCAGGUGCUGCAGGAAAGCAUGGGCGGGGAUGACAUCCUCCUGGCCUGCAACAACCUCAUCGACCUUGAUGCUGAUGAGCUGAUCUCUGCCGCCUGCGUGGUUUAUGCUGAGCUCAUCCAGAAGGAUCCCAUGGCAGGUGCAUUCAACUUCAGAGACACAGACUGUGCCACGUUCUCUACCACUGACCCAUGCAUGUUGCUCCUCAUGGUCUUCUUGCUGUUUGCACAUGUAGCUCCUUCCUCCCUGAGCAGGCUGUGCUACUUGAGAGCACGGCCCUCAUCCCCCAUUCCCUGUGUCCAUCCCAGUGGGUCUGGGCACCCAGAGGCUCAGGAGAAUGUCGCUGCUUAGAAGAACCGAAGAAUG